AUGUAUCGGGAUAAUAGAGAGGAAAAAAGUGAUGGUGAAAUAUCGAGCGAUGAUGAGGAGCCGGUUUUCAAGAUUCCGCGCCACGAAACAACUGAAGUCCGAAAGAUAAAAAAGUUAAAUACCAUCUGGACGGAUGUUCUACUCGAGCAAGAACUUGACAGGGUCGGAUCUGUGUAUAUGGAGGAAAAUCUCCGGGUUGAACGAGGAAGUGAAUCUUUCGAAACAGGCGCUCAUGAGGGAAAUCAUUUAUCACCACGAUCAAAAAAUCAGACAACGAUGGCACCCGAUGAUGGCACAAAUGACGUCAUCAUGGCUGUUAAGCCCGGCUCAUUUCCUAAGGAAGUAAUAAUGCCAAUUCCCAUAGUUACUGUAUCUCCAGCUGAUGAUGAUCCAUUUGCUGGCCCUGCUGAUCUCAGUCAAGUUGAAUCUUUCGGCUUCGAUGAAAGGAAGUUUUCUUCUUCAAAAUAUGCAAAGAAGAGAUCUCCAGAUGGUACGCAAAAGCCCGACUACCGGAUAAAAAGCGAUUGGAGAUCUCGGGAAAAACGAACCUACAAAGAAAUGAAAGAAUCGAGUAAACAUUUGGAUGAAGAUUUUUCUCUGCAAAAACUAUUUGCAAUGAAUUUCGAUGAAGAUUUGAGUAUUGAUCGGCUUGGAGACGAGAUAGCGUUGGCUUUAGGAGAAAAAGAGCCAUUUAUUGUUCUCGAAAUCAUCAAAGCAAUUGGAAGAGAAAAAGCAAUCGAACUUUUCGAUAAAACUCGUGAGGUGGAGGGAAAUGGUGGACUUCUUGUGCAAGAUGGAUCAAGAAAGCGAACGCCUGGAGGCGUUUACAUAAACCUUUUCAAACAAGAUCCAACAAUCAGUCAAAAAAUCAAGGAUAAUAUUAUUCUACGACCUGAAGAUCGUCAAUGGAAAAGAGCAAAACGAAAAGGAAGACGCCCGGCCACAUAUGAGGAUUCGAUUCGAGAACAUGCUGCUAGAUUGAGGGAAUUGUCGAAAAUGGAUAUCGAGGCCGAAACAUCGAAUAACUCAUCAGAAAGACGUCUCUCUGCUGAUGAUCGAAUGUCUGAUGAU